AUGGCCGACACUCCCGUCACUCUGCGGACUCGCAAGUUCAUCCGCAACCCCCUGCUUGCCCGCAAGCAGAUGGUCGUGGACGUCCUCCACCCCAACCGCCCCAAUGUCUCCAAGGACGAGCUCCGUGAGAAGCUGGCCGAUCUGUACAAGUCCAACAAGGACCAGGUCUCCGUCUUCGGUUUCCGCACACAGUACGGUGGUGGUAAGAGCACCGGCUUCGCUCUCGUCUACGACUCCUCCGAGGCCCUCAAGAAGUUCGAGCCCCACUACCGUCUCGUUCGCAUUGGUGCCGCCAGCAAGAUCGAGAAGGCUUCCCGCCAGCAGCGCAAGCAACGGAAGAACCGCUCCAAGAAGUUCCGCGGUAUCGCCAAGGUCAAGGGCCCCAAGAAGAACAAGGAUUAA